AAUCCAGUUCCAGCAUCCCCACAGAAUAAUAAAUGCCAUUGUUUAUUUGACUUGUUGAGUGCAUGUGCUUGUCCGGUGGCUUCGGGGCCCGAUCAAAGCCUGAAUUAAAGAUACAUUGAUUUUGCGGACCUGCAUCGUUAACGUGUAAUGUGCAUAAAUAACGAUUCCACAGGCGCACACACACACACACACACACACACACAAAUACAUACAUAUAAGCCAUAAGUGAUGCGCGAUUGUCGAGAGUAAAAAUUCUUAACUGCGCAAACGCAAACGCGUUUCAUCACCCAGAACCACGCGAAAAACCUAGAAGCAAGCAGCCCCUUCAAUGACGCUGCUCACGUCCUCGCUGCUGCUCAUUUCGCUGCUGACGUCGCGGCUCGAAGCAAUUCCGGUUUUGGAUAAGUCCCCCGCACAUCCCUCGCCGGGCGUGCGAAUUCUUCGCGCACCCGAAUCUUUGGUGGCGCCCCUGGGAGACGAGGUGGUGCUGGAGUGCGAGACUAGUUUGCAACCAGAGCGCUUCGAGUGGAGCCACCGAACUGGCAAAUCCCCAGGAGCCGCCUUUAAAUACCUGCGCACAGGCAAUGCCAAGGCGAAUGUCUCCCAGGAGGCGGCCAUCUCGCGGCUCAGGUUGCUCGUCCGACCGGACACUCUGGGGGAGUACCGCUGCAUCGGCUGGUUUGGUCCGCUGGUUGUAACCUCCACCACAGCCCGACUGGAGCUGGCCAGCACCAGGCUAGUGGGCGGCCAGGACGCGGAACCAUCCCUCCAAUGGCGGGUGACUGCCGGGAACUCUGUGCUCUGGCCUUGCGGACAGCAGGUGCAAUCCAAUCCAGCCGCCAGCUGGUCUUACUACCGGAAUCGAGUGGAAAUUAAAGCCGAAUUCGCUGGAACCAAUGGAAACCUCUUCCUAAGCAACGUAUCCGCCGAAUCCUCAGGCAGCUACUCUUGCCAGGCCACGAAUCCUGCCUCUGGCGAGAGAAUCCAGCUGGCCGCCUCGUUGCAACUGCAGGUUACAUCAGCCCAGAGGUCGCAAAGCAGUUCCCCGCAUUGGCUGAAGGGGCAGCCCAAAUCCCAAAUGGUAACCGGUCGAGAAGGAAGCUCGCUCCUGCUGCUGUGCCCUGGAGUUGGCUCACCGCCACCCACUGUUGUGUGGAGCAGCCCCGAUGUCGUUGGAGCUGUUAAAAAUAAUCGCUCCAAAGUAUUUGGCCAUGCUCUGGAGAUAUCCGACAUCCGAGUUGAAGAUGCAGGCACCUAUAUCUGCUUUCAGGACAACGGAGUGCGUCCCGCGCUGGAGCACUACAUACAGGUGCGCGUGGAACGGCCGCCGCAGAUUGUGCGGCCACCUUGGGCGAAUCUUACCAACGAGGGUGAACGUCUACAGCUGGAGUGCGAGGCCACGGGAGUCCCUACGCCAGAGAUCUACUGGCUCCUCAACGGACACAGCAGCAUUGAUGACACGGAGGCUGAGCUCUCCAACAACUUACUGAUACUGCACAGUGUCCAGAAGCGUCAUGCCGGCUAUGUUCAGUGCUUUGCCCGAAAUAGUCUGGGAGAGCACAGUGCGGGUACACUGCUGCAGGUAAAUCCCAAGCAGAUCCAAGAACCCCGAGAAUCGGGGGGAACCCACCGACCGAAACCGAACCAGGGUCCCAAGCAGAAACAGAUGUUUCCACCAUCUCCCCCGAACGUGACCCGACUCACCGACGAAUCCGUGAUGCUACGCUGGAUGGUGCCCCGCAACGAUGGAUGGCCAAUCGUCAUCUUUAAGGUGCAGUACCGUAUGAUGGGAAAGCGCAAGAGCUGGCAGACUACCAACGACAAUAUACCCUACGGAAAACCAAAAUGGAACUCCGAGAUGGGCAAGAGCUUUACGGCCUCGGUGACUGACUUGAAGCCCCAGCACACCUACCGCUUUCGCAUUCUGGCCGUCUACUCCAACAACGAUAACAAGGAAAGCAACACGUCGGCCAAGUUUUAUCUCCAGCCCGGAGCAGCCCUGGAUCCGAUGCCGGUGCCGGAGCUACUGGAGAUCGAGGAGCAUUCGGAAACGGCGGUGGUAUUGCACUGGAGUUUGGCCAGCGAUGCGGAUGAACGCCUGAUCACCGGAUACUACGCCUACUAUCGCCCCUCGUCCUCAGCGGGCGAGUAUUUCAAGGCCACCAUUGAGGGAGCGCAGGCGAGGAGCUUUAAAAUUGCGCCCUUGGAGACGGCCACCAUUUACGAGUUCAAGCUGCAGUCCUUCAGCGCCGUCUCCGCAUCCGAAUUUAGUGCCCUCAAGCAGGGACGCACACAGCGACCCAGGACCAUCACCACGGAAGAGCCAACUCUGCAGCCGGGCGACCGGGACACGACAACUCCCAGUCACAACGAGACCUUCAGCAUGAGUCCCAUGUUGACCGGCACAAUUUGCGGUGGUGCAGUGCUUAUACUUCUGCUGAUCAGCACUUGUUUGUGUGUGUGCCGGCGAAAGAGUUCUCGCGGCAGGGGAAACAAUCAGAACAAGCCACGACUGGCUGAGCUGCGGGAAGAUUUCGUGCCACUGGGAAACUGCUCGCCCUCCAAGCAGCGCCAGCGAACCCGACACAUACACAUUACCUUGAAUCCGCUGGCCCAACAGCAGCAGCAGGCGAUGGAGGAGAAGAACGACAGCGACCAGGAUGUGGCUUACUAUCAGCGACAGUCCAGUUACGACUACGAUCCCGGCCUGCGGAGAAUGUCCUCCUCCUCGCUGCGUCGCUCACAACGCACGCUGGAACGUGCCGCUGGCAGCAAUGGCUCCAGCAACGGCAACAACAACAAUCUGAAUCAAUCCGCAGAGGUGGGACCUGUCGACAAUCCCGGAAAGCCGGGCCGAGUACUUAUGAAGCGUCCCCGACUGUCCAGUCGCUCCGAGAACCUAUCUUCGGGAAGCCUCAACAGCGUUGGCGUGUAAUCGCAAUCUCGUGAUCUUUAGUCCGUACAUCCCUACGCCCGAUGUAUUAUGCUAUUCCUCUACCUCUGUUUUAUCUACCACUUUGAAUGACAAAACCUUUACUGUUUGUACUUAUACGUAUACCACAUAGUGUUAAGACUUCAAUAGGCAUCUCUAGAUUUAUGCAUGCUUGAUCGUUUAAGAACAGCAUUAUGUCCAUUCUAUGGUAAGUCUUCCAAGUUUCGCGAUAAGAUCAAAAUCUGUACUGAUAGCUUCUUAAUGACCAUUACAAAAAUGACAAUAAAGCUUGUAGCUUCAUUUCUUUUAAUAAUA